AUGCCUCGAUGGUGCACUGGCUUUGACAUGGAUUGCGGCAGCGAUGCGCGGCCCUGCAUGUUUGCGCUUGAUGGCCUAGGGCAGACUGCACAAAUCAAGAGUACAAGUGACAAAUGCAUUUUCUGCAGCCCAGAGGGCAUGCGCAAAGCUGUUGCAACACCUCAAGGCUUUGGCAGUGUCGUUCGCGCACUGAAGAAGUGGCGGGGUAUGAGCUCGCCAGUUUAUGACCUGGCUUUCGAGCACAGCUCGCUGACCACCUUGCCAGCAACCCAGCUGGAAGCUUUGCGUGGCAACAGCGCAUUUGCUGUCCGCAAGUCCAACCGGGAGCAACCUGAGAACCCGAAGUUGUGGUUUUGGGCGAACUUUCGCAUGAAUGGAGGCUUCUACGGCGACAACUACGCCAACGCCGUGCUCCGUGAAUAUUCCCGACUGCAGAACGAAGAUCCGUUCAUCGAGGAUGCAUUCCUGCGAGGCUUUCACAAGUCUUGCCCCACAUGUGGCAAAUCCUUCAGAGGUCACGGUCAUGGGUAUUGCCCGACAGCUACUUGCCGGGAGUUAUUGGAAGCCAAUCGAAACCGCCGUAAAAGCUUGAAGAAAUGGCUCAUGAAGCGGGUUGAGGGCGACAUCUCAAUGGGCCCACCAUUCAAUGACGAACUUUGUGCAUGGGCGAGUCGUGAAGGCUACUUUGAACGUCAUGACAUGUAG